AUGAGUGGUACGCCUGUUACUCCAGAAUCCAGCUCAAGGCCCAGGACCACCCAUUCUUCUAGGCGACUCAUUGAUAGGAUGACCACUCAUUAUGAGGAGGAUCUUGAGUUUUUUUACCAGAGUGUGGAGUUUGAUGAUGAGACAACGGAGAUGCUUCAGGACAAAGAAAAGCAGCAUCAACAUUCACACUCACCUGCAGAAUCUGUCCAUUCUGACCCUCCGCCCUCCACUGGAAUGCCUAUUUUUAAUGGUGAUCUGAAUCAACCCAUUUAUUGCACCGCAGGCAACCUUAUGAACCUUAUGCAGUUGAUGCUCCGGAACCAACUGGCUGCGGCUGAAACUACGCAACGUCUCACUACACCUACCCCUGCACAAAGCUCAAGAGAUACUAUGAGGGAUGAGUUGCGGGAAUACCAGAAGAAAGUCAAAUAUGCCCUAGACACCAAAUCAGUGACCACAUUUGACGGUUCUAAUUAUGAGGCCUGGCGUGUCGGCAUGUUGGCCGAUGCAGAGGUUAUUGGUGGAACCAACAUUUUAUUGAAGAACCAACGAGAAUCCCCUUUUACACGUCGUAUCGAUUCCGAGAAGUGCUCUUUGUAGAUAGCUCCAUCAAUACAACCUUCAACUAUCCUACAUAUUAUUAUUAUCUGCUGAGUCAAUAUCAUAUUAACUUCCUACUUAGGAUAGUGCCGUAACUGCCAUUCAACUUAUACAAUCCUUUGUAUCAACUUCAGACCUCAAGCAAACACAUACGACCAUAGGGAGUGGAA